GCUGACAAAAGCUCGGGCUCCUCCAGUGCUGAGAUGGCAGCUAAUCUCCUGUACACACUCCCGCUAAUCAUUAUAGAAAUAAAAUAAGGUGUCAUUGAGGUUAUUUUGGGGGGUGUUUGUUGUGGAGGGGUGGCCCGCCGUGACGCGCGGUUCCCCGGUUUGAGGAGUCACCCGCGGUGUAGUGAGGACGGCUGAGCACGGGGAUUUCCUCGCUUGCUUGUUGUUGUAGGCGGGGAGUUGUUUUGCCACUCUCACCAGGCGGAGGGGCGGCGGUGGUGGUGGUGGUCGUGGUCGUGGUGGCGGAGGAGAAGAAGACACGGAAGAGUCGCGGAAUGUCACCGGCUGUGUGACCGCGGGUCGCCUUUGUGCCGGAGCCCGGGCGUCUAGUCUCGCGUCCGCGCGGUGUCACGGCUCCUCUCCGCGGGUCCGUCAACUCAUGCGCCUCCCGCCGUUUAAACCUGCUGCUUCAUCACCUCGUUGGGAAAAGGGAGCGAGAGGCUGCGCUUUAGCCGAGAUCAGAACAACCAGCACUACAGGUGGACUCGUGGCAUGACUACCCCAAACAAGGGAAACAAGGCCUUGAAGGUGAAACGGGAGCCAGGGGAAAAUGGCACCAGCCUGACGGAUGACGAACUGGUGACCAUGUCAGUGCGGGAGCUGAACCAGCAUCUACGGGGGCUGACGAAGGAUGAGAUCCUGCAGCUGAAACAGCGGCGGCGCACCCUUAAGAACCGGGGCUAUGCUGCCAGCUGCCGAGUAAAGCGUGUCACCCAGAAAGAGGAGCUGGAGAAGCAAAAGGCUCAACUGCAGCAGGAAGUGGACAAGCUGGCCACGGAGAAUGCCAGCAUGAAGGUGGAGCUGGAUGCUCUGCGUUCAAAGUAUGAGGCUCUCCAGAGCUUUGCCAGGACUGUGGCCCGCAACCCUGUCACCUCAGCCAGGGGACCAAUGGCAUCUGUCAUAGGUCCCCUCAUCCCUGGUAAAGUAGCUGCAACCAGUGUCAUCACCAUCGUAAAAUCCAAAACGCAGGCUAGGUCGUAGUAGCAGAAAGAGCGGGAGGAAGAUUUUCAAGAUUAGUCAGUGCAUUGUAACAUGGCACAGGAUCACCUGUGUAAGUUCUCAGUUUUACCCCUUGGCACUAACCCUAAAAAUAUGCUUCCCAAUGUCACUCUUAAAGUACGACUCAGCAGUCUGCACUUGUCAACAGACAUGUUGUGCUUUAAGAUGACACAAUCAAAUUGUACAUUUCAGGAUUUGACAGUUGGGUAUUAAAAAUUGUGAUGUAUUGGCAAUACUAACACAUUUCACUUAAAAUAGUGAAGUAUUCAAGAAGGCAAUAUUGGGUGGCAUCGAUUUUCAGACUGUUAAUGGGCUGUUGAUUUUUGGUAAGAUACUCUAUGAUUUGUCAGUUUACUGUAAGACUUAGCUCUUCAGACUUUUCCGUCCUAAGAAUUGGAAAUUGUGCAACAUAAACAACAGAAAGAGCCAGUGUUUGUCUUACCUAAAGGAGACAUCUUAUACUCAUAAUUAGGUCAACAUUUUAUUGUGGGUUGUUAUUUGAAAAGGUUUACAUGCUCUAAUAUUAAGAAAACACAUCACUGUCCAUUGGCGGAUCUCUUCCUCUCACCCUCUGUCUGAAGCUCCUGUCAAUUUUAAAAGUUCCCCCUCCCUGUAAACGAAAAUGCUGACUGGGGAAAUUCUACACUGUAAAAUACAAUAACUAUUUGGCCUUGGUGUAAAAAUGUCCCACACAGCCAUGCUAGCAAUAGCAAUGGGCUUGAAACAAGGUCAGUAAACGGCUAGGCUAACUUGGCUUAGGUAAUUGGCAUCCCUCGUUCAAGUCCAUGUUCUAAAAUCGUUGUCGUGGUCCACGCAGCAGUUAAUUCAAUGUCCAAAAUCGAAAAUCUAAAUAAAAUGUGACUCGUAAGUAAACAGAGCAGCAGCAACAAUGCCUUAAGCUAGCGGUCGCGAACUUUAAACACUGUUAAACAUGUUAAGAUUGAUAAACAAUAACCUUACUUCUUACACAGUUUUAGUUAAAAGUGGACUCGCAGCUCCAAAAAACAUUUCAUAACAAUGUUGGCUAGCAAGUUGGCCGAGGCCUACAAUUGAGCUACAGCUUAGCGACAACCAGGAAGCAUGAAAUGAAAUGACUGGAACAAGAGAAGGUUGGGGAUGUAUUGUCAAGGACGAGUAUUGAAAAUACAUUUCAACCCCUGGCUCUUCAACCCAUCAUCUUUUGGAAGUGAAGACAGAGAGAACUUGCUUUCGUGCACUUAAGGGUUCAGUGUCUCCACUGCAAGAUGAUGCAGCUAUUAAACUCUUCCCGAUUGCCACUCUCGACCUACCUAGCUUUGUUAGGGUGCAUGCCAGACUAGCCACUAGGUGUCCAUUAUGCAAACGCGAUGCUGAAGUAUCGGUCGGACUACUGGCUUCAGGAGAAGAGCUUCCCUUACCACAGACUUUGGGCUUUUAACUUUGCAGACCUUUUUAUAUACACAAAAAACCUACAUAACACACUAGAGGAAGGGGAAAAAUUGAAAAAGCAUAAUAUGUCUCCUUUAAAACCCUUUUGCUUGUUAUUAUGCACUGACUUCAAUUAGGUUAAUAACAAAUGGAUCGUGGUGUGGAUGCUACAGAUGUCUUCAAAACAGCCUGACUAACCCAAAACUAGUAAAUGAAUCCUAUUUGUGAUUUUGUUGGUCGUCUGUCAAUAAUAUAAGCGUGAAAUAAUGCUCUCAAAUCUAGCAUUCAUUUCUGUUUAUUCAUCUGUGACAGGCUUUAAUGAACUUGUCAUUAUCAAUAUGACUGGUAGAUGCAAUAAUAUACGUAUGCACUGAAAAUACAAAGAGGUCUUGCAUAUUUAUGGUUAAGUGGAAACGUUAAAGCGGAUCAGCGGUUCGUAAUGAUUUUGCUUCAAAGCCCGAGUGCCAUCUCAAUAUGACAAGAUUCUUCUACAAUAUCUGAAAAUCUGAAUGUUAUCACAGUAAUAUCCUCAUGUGUUGUGGGGACAGUGAAAUCCACAAACAUUUUUGAAACAUAAUUUUUGCUCAUAAAGAAAAUCUGUUGGAGUCGUUUUUGUUUAACAGAUAUAUAUUGCAUUUUUUUGUAAUUACUUGUCGACAGGGCCCUCAGAUAUUUCCAAAAAGAAAAAAAAUCUUUACACAAGCUUUACUGUUUGAAUUGUUAAGGUGUAGAAAACUUUGUCUAAUGUUGGGUUCUUGAUUUUUAUUACUUGGUAGAUAACCUUCCAUUGUUUAUAGAAAUACAGAAAAAGAAAACGUAAAAAAAAAAAAUCCUGUGACAUCUUUUUUGCAAUUGUACCGAAAGUGGCUUACUAUUGAAGUCUGAUAGCUUUUUCUAGUGACUAGGCGCGUACUGUGGGGUAGCGCGUGAUGUGAUGUGUAAGUGACAAGUUGGCAGUGUCGUUCACUGUAUAGAUGUCAAUGCUGUGCUAUUUAAAACAAAUACAAAUCUGUAGAGCUAAACUAGGUGGUGUAAACAAGGUCAAUUGUCUUUGUGCGUAUUGGCAUCUGUGAUAUCCUCUGCUUCCUCGGUGUUAGUUACAAAUCAUAUUGUCAUUAAGAGUUUACCACGUUGACCCAUGUGAGACAGAACUGGGUGAAAUGGCAUUAGUGGACAUUAAUUCAAAGGCUUUUACCUGAAGCUCAAAGUGAACCUGUCAUUACAGAAUCUGAAUAAUGGUUGCACCUGGUGCUGGAUGCCCUCUAAAUACAUCAUCUGCAACCUGAAAGGAAAUGACUCCAUUAAAGGGCAAAUUUAAUUGUUGUAUUUACUUCAGCCAUUUAAUUAGUCUGAAUUAGAUCCCAGAAAUAGAACAAGUAACCAAUCAAAUUUACCUUCCCACAGACUAAAGGCAAUGUGAAGUUAACAACCGGUUUUAUUGUUUACCUGUGUUUGUUUUUAAACCGUGCAAUUCCUCAAGACUAUAACUAUAAAAUUGCAUCAGUGAACUCAAAGGAUAAGUCGCCAAACGGCGCAGCAUCUCUUGUUUAAAUUUACCCACUGGUCUUCAGAUUGUCCGAUUAAAAGCGGUGGAGUUUGGCUGAGGUUUUGUAUGCACUAAGCUCCUGCUUGUUUUGCUCAGGACAAAACAGGUUACUCUAAAAAUGAACAAACCAUUCUAGAUGAAAAGUGGGGAUGGCAGCUCUGUUCAUUUUAUUUUUUUUGAUAAUAAUAAUAAACAUGUCAUAAAGGGCUUCAAUCCUCACUCAGAAAGAGACACAGCACGGACCCGUAGAAUUACAAUCAACAACAGCUGCCAGCAGCGCUCCCUCUGUGCCAAGUGUUGCGUCGCUCUCCUGGUCCUCUAAAAGGAAUUUAACAGUGAAGCAGUUUUACACCUCAAGGUGAAAGUAGUUGUGUAAUGACAUUAACAGAAUGCACUUCAUCCACGUCUCACUCUCACUCCUGCUGGUCAGAACGUCGUACAGUGUCGGCGAGGUGUUAAUCUACAGUCACUCUCAAAACUGCGCCUCAGCAAAACUCCCUCCCGGAGACCUGGGCGCUGGUUAUAUCGUCUGUGCGCCAGUUGCCUACGCUAUCCUCAUCUCGUCAACAUGCUUAGCUGUCUACAUUGACUGGUUAACUGUGGGAAAAAUAUGUAUCCGACUCUUGACUUAGCCCAGUAUUGAUGUUGGCGUCGUUAAUUGCUGUGGCUGUCUUGUGGAGUGAAUCUUUUUCGUGUCAAGUGUCUUUUAAGGUGUUCGAGCGGCACCGUCGACCAAUAUCUCAAUCUCCGCCAGAGAUGACGACUCUCUCCUUCUCACACAUACGGUUGUAUAGUAUGUAGCUACAGUAGGUAUUAAUCACCAUUGUGAAAAGUGACCCUUAAUAUGCAACUCAGUGGAAAAGGUGUGAAAGAGUAGAUGUAAGAGUAAUCAAUAUUGUCAAAGUGACUAUGGUCUGUUAUUUAAUAAACCUUGCUGUUUUGUAGUUUUUAGUUUGUAUAAAGAUUUAUUUUGCCCUCAGACUUUGCAUCCCUGGCCCUUGUUUAUAGUAGCUAACAGUGUAACAGUGUAUACUGUUUAUUUAAAGGAACCAUGGGGUUGCACUCGAGCCUUACUCCCUCAUUACUCUGGUCUUAAAUUAACUGAAUUGCAGAUCCAUAAAUCGGACUCGGAUAUCUGACUGAAAGAUAUUGCUGUAAUAUACAGUGUCUUAGGUUUUGUGCACUGAGUGAAAUGGAUGCAACAAUAGAUUCUGUCACAAGGGCCACUUGUAAUAUCUGUUUUGGGUUAUUUUAUUUCCCUUUGGUAUGCCAGGUUUUGUGAGUCUAUGUGUGUGUGUGUUUGUGUGAUUGAGGUUCCUCUGCUGCUACACCAGUCAUUAAUGCUUGUCGUUUGCUGUAGCACCACUCGCAGCGUUUCUGUUCUCAUUACAUGUUGAGUGUGUAUUUGGAAUUGAUCUUAACACUGUAAUUUGUUCUGCAGAUUUACAUUUUAAUCGGUUGUGGCUAUUUCUUUUUUUUUGUUUGUUUGUUUGUUAGUUUCUUGUUUUCACAAGCGACCUGUUAGAGAGGAUAAAUAACAGCACUUGUGGGGUGGUUGAAUUUAAGAGCUCUCCAGACAUUGGCUUUUGUUUUUACAUGAAUUUAUGCUUUGUAAACAGUUGACUGUGCAGGUUCGUCCCCCUCUUACUCCAUGGAGCGGGUCUGUGUUUCAAAGGUAUAAAAAUCUGACUAAAGCGAGUAAUACAAAGUAAAUAAUCUGUUUUGUUAUUUUUCUGUAUGGGUUGUAAUAAAAUAUUGUAGUACUUUGUAUGAAAACAGACAAUAGUUAAUUGUAACUAUUUAUAAAUUAAAUUAUUGUACUUUUUGCAAUCUGUAGAUAAGUACUAUGUAUUCAUAUAUACAGUAACAACUGUGGAUUUAAACGUGGUUCUCCGAGGUGUCUAAGUUAUUGAUGUAUAUAUUGUAUGUUUGUUGAUACAGCUUACUUUAUUUUCUAUAAGACCAAUAAAAUGUUUUGAAAAAGGA